CGCUUGCAUGAGAGACACAGGACUACAAAUCCCAGAUUAUCCUGCUGACUGAGCUAUUUAAACUAUAGUAUAUUUAUUAUUACGUCAGGAGGGCCGCAGCGUUCGACGAGGUGCCGUGCUGUAGCGGUGACCGGUGCUCCCCCUUGAGAUCGGGGGACGUGGGGAAAUUCGACCCCCUGCUGUAUUAGGAGCAAGAGAGGUGAACGCAGGCAGUGGAGGAGCUCUGCACCCUUCCUCAGAAUAAGAAAAGAAAGUCCUCGGACGCCCAGGGAGAGUCCAUUGGCAUUUCGGAGGUCCCGGAUCGGCCGGUCACGGAUGAUUAGCUGAAGAACCCGUGGAGAUGCCUCCGCUCCCAGCGUCGUCGAAUUCGGCUGCGUACCACCACCGUCCGAACCGGACCUGGGUCCCUCCGUUCGUAUAGCCGGCGGCGCGGCUUCGACACACGGAUGUGGGGUGGUGUUUGUCGAAAAGCCCUGGAAACCGUGGAAGCCUACGAGUGACGUGUUUUUCCCCCGUGGAGAAGCGAGACGGGUGUCCGUCCGCUGUCACCCCCGGUCCGCCGGAUCGGCGAGCGCCCAUUGCGCUGUAGCGCAGCUCGUUACGUGUGCAGUGCGCACCGCUCGUACACGCCAGCUACUAGUCGUGAGACAGGCGGGAAUGUGACCUUUUUUUUUUUUUUUUUCCCCACCGGGUUUGGUGUAUUUGUUUUAUUUCUCUUAUUUACAGUGCAGUGUUCAAUUAGUACUUAGUGUUUUCCUGGCGCUCUCUCGGUGAGCACGGCGGUUCUGGCCAGUUUAACCUUGCCGUGUUCCUGUGCUGACACUACUAUCAUCCGCUCCAACAUGGAGGUGGCGGCGAGGCUUUGAGCGCCGCCAGUCGCUCACACUCUCAGCCCGGGUUGCAGCCACCUUCCCCGCCUUCCCGUCCCGCUGCCGGGCCACUCUCUCCGCCUCUUUGUGGAUUACUUGUUAUUUUGUUAGCCGUUAGCUAUUAGCGCUGCUUGUGCCGGCCGAGCCCGUCUCGACUCGUCCACCAACAACAUCAAGAUCAACACAGCCGGCGGCUCAUUCUGAGUGAUUCUGCCUUCUUAUUUUUUUUAUCAAUUUAUUUUACUUUAUAACUGGCCUCGACGUUGUUAUUUUUGUCCACUUAAUUAAAUAAUGAAGAAGUUCUUCGACUCCCGACGGGAAAUGGUGGGCUCCGGGCCCGGGUCGGGAGCGGGAGGCGGCGGCGGCGGCAGCGGCGGGUCCGGCGGAGGAAGUAGCUUCGCCGGCCGCGUUUUCACCAUCGGCCGCUACCAGGUGACCGUGGAGGAGACGGUGGCCGAAGGGGGUUUUGCCAUUGUGUUUCUGGUACGAACUCACCAAGGCGUUCGCUGUGCCCUGAAGCGCAUGUAUGUCAACAAUGAACACGACCUUCAGGUCUGCCAGCGAGAGAUCCAGAUUAUGAGGGACCUGGCUGGCCACAGGAACAUUGUGGCUUAUCUGGACUCAAGUAUCACAGCUGUUGGAGCGGGGGAUGUGUGGGAGGUCCUUAUCCUCAUGGACUUCUGUCGUGGGGGACAGGUGGUGAAUCUAAUGAACCAGCGGCUGCAGACAGGCUUCACUGAAGCAGAGGUGCUACAGAUCUUCUGUGACACGUGUGAGGCUGUGGCCCGACUACAUCAGUGCAAGAUGCCGAUCAUCCACCGUGAUCUCAAGGUGGAGAACAUCCUUCUCCAUGACCGCGGUCAUUACGUGCUCUGCGACUUUGGCAGUGCUACAAACAGGUUCCAGAACCCACAGAACGAGGGUGUUCCAGUGGUAGAGGAAGAGAUAAAGAAGUACACCACGCUAUCAUACCGGGCUCCGGAGAUGGUCAACCUUUACAGUGGCAAGGUGAUCACCACCAAGGCUGACAUCUGGGCCAUGGGCUGCUUGCUCUAUAAACUCUGUUUCUUCACCCUGCCCUUUGGAGAGAGCCAGGUGGCCAUCUGUGAUGGAAACUUCACCAUUCCUGACAACUCCCGCUACUCCCAGGACAUGCACUGCCUCAUUCGCUACAUGCUAGAACCAGAUCCUGACAAGAGGCCAGACAUCUACCAGGUCUCCUACUUUGCAUUCAAACUGGCCCGAAGGGACUGUCCUAUCCAGAAUGUGCAUAAUUCUCCCAUUCCAGCAAAGCUCCCUGAACCAAUUAGAGCUAGUGAAGCUGUUGCCAAGAAAAGCCAGACCAAAGCCCGGCUCACAGACCCCAUUCCCACCACAGAGACCUCAAUUGCUCCCCGACAGCGUCCCAAAGCUGGCCAGCCGCAGCCCAUUGCUGGGAUUCUGCCAAUCCAACCUGCCCUCACACCCCGAAAGAGGGCUAGCGUUGCCCCUGGGGCUGCCCCACCCGUUGUGAGUGUAGGGACAGCUCAACCAACCCCAUCCAUCCAACCACAGAAGGCUGCAUUGCCUUCUGCUGUUCAGCAGCAAGCGCCAUCCACACAGCCUCAAGCUCCACCUACACAGGCCACACCUUUGCAUCAGCAACUGUUCAUGAAGCAGCAGGGAGCAUCCUUCUUCAGUCCCCAGCAGCAGCAGAAACAGCAGCCACCCUCCCAACAGUAUCAGGCGACACCGCGACAUCUGGUGCACAGCCUUCACAAACAGCACUUGCAGCCACAGCAAGCAGCUGCGCAUCCCAGAACUAAAGUCCCUGCUCCUGCUGGGCCUGCGCCUGCUGUUGUCAUGAUGGCCGGCCAUGCCCCCCUCACCCAGCUCCCACCGCAACCAAGCCCCGCAACUGCACCUGCGUCCGAGGACGCUCCAUCUGCACCUGAGCAGACGCCGGGUGCACCCGCCCGUGGAAUCCACAAGGUGGGUUCCCUGACGCCUCCCUCCUCCCCAAAGACGGCACCCCGAGGCGGGCACAGGCGUAUCCUCAGCGAUGUAACCCACAGUGCCGUGUUUGGUGUGCCUGCCAGUCAGUCCACCCAAAUGCUACAGGCUGCUGCUGCUGAGGCCAGUCUCAACAAGUCUAAGUCAGCCAGUGCAACCCCCUCGGGCUCCCCAUGCUCCUCCCAGCAGAGUGUGUACCAGCCUGCAGAGAGCAGCUCCACGGUGGCUCCUGUUGAGCGCAGCCCAGCUGAGCAGCCUACCUGGAACCCAUUUGGCAAUGACAACUUUUCCAGGCUCACUGCUGAGGAACUGCUCAACAAGGACUUUGCCAAGCUGGCUGAGAGCAAAGCUGCCGAAAGAGGCAACACAUCCGCGGAAGAUCUCAUUCCUGGCCUGCAGAUGACCACUGCUGGCCCGGCACCCAAGACAUUCCCUCAGCUAGCAGCUGAGAGACCUGCUGACAUUCUGUGUCUGGAUUCGGGUGCGUCGCUGCUGAGUGUGCCGGACCCUUUCAACCCACAGUCGCUUUCUGAUACCCCAGAGAAGCUGAUAGAGGGGCUCAAGUCCCCUGAAACAUCUCUCCUGCUCCCUGACCUCUUGCCCUUGACUGACCCUUUUGGGAGCUCGGCCGAGGGCUCAAGCAACGGUAAAACGGAGAUGUCUGUGGACUCUCUGAUUCCUGGCCUGGAGGCCCCUAAGCCCCAGCGUCUCACAGCCCAACCUGAGGCUCCUCCUGCCGGCCUGCCAGACCCUUUGGGUCAGGAGGACUCUUUGCUGGGCUGCGCUCUGCUCUCUCACCCUUCCAGCACAGGGCCUCCCUCAGCCUCUACCCCACCCUCCUCAUCUGCUUCCGGCCCUGCUGGCUCUGCAUCCUGUCUCGAUGAGUUUGCCCCAGUUUCUCUUGGCUCCAGCCAACCCCUAGCGGACUCCGCCUACCUCGUCUCAGGCUUUGAGCGGCCCGAGUGCGUAGAGAAGGGCACUGAGGACGAGUUUGACCCCAUCCCUGUGCUCAUCUCCAAAAACUCCAACCAAGAGUUCCAGCUGGAGCCCAAUGGCUAUAGAACACUCUGUGAAGGAGGCAGUGAGUUGCCUGGGAAUGGUGGUUCCAUGGAUCAAGCCUGUAUGCAUUCCAGUGAGGAGGAAGAGGAGGAUCAAGGUGAUGGUGAAGGCAUGACUCUUGACUCCAGUGGCUCCAGACCACUCUUGCUGGAUUCAGAGGAAGAAGAGGACCAGAUCCAGGGGGCUGAGCACAAGCAGCUGCUCCAGCAUCCAUUAUCUCAGCCUUCCCUUGUUCCCCACCAGCAUUCCCUAUAUCCUCAAAUCCAGCAGCAUGCAUCUCCCUUACUUUCCUCAAUUCCACAGCUUUACAGUGAACAAAAUGUCCCCCUUGAUGUCUUCUUGAAAGCUCCUUUUCGAGCUGGGCAAGCAGAAGCAAGCGACGUGUUUGCCAAUGCACCCUUCCCACGACCUCCUGUCCCAACUCAAGAGCCUGAUGUAUUCCUUCAGGCCCCCUUUGGGAGGAGGAAAGAACUGACCAGCAGUGUCAAGCUGGGGCAUCAUCUCCAGAUACAACCCCCUCCUUCAGGUCAUCUCACUGGUUAUCAAUACGCUGUCCUGGGCCAGGGACUGCCUCACACCAUUCGUCCAGAAGCCUUAGCCAAGUAUUCUCGGUAUUUUGAUGCCCCUGUAUCCCAGCAAAUUGCAGGGACUGCUGUGCCGAACAGCAGAUUUGUACCCGAGAGCUCAACCCCUGUAGGUCCCCUGCCGCCUUGGACUGAAGAGGCCAGUCCUGUAGAUCCAUUUGUUGCUGCACCCUUCCACCUUAAGGGUCCACAAGAGAAGCUCUGAAUCAGUGGAUUUGGUCCUGGGAACUGGGUGCUGAUCUUUAUCGAACAUACCGUACUGCAGCACUGUUCAGGAUGCCAUGGGGUUUUGUUGGUUUCUAACACUGGAUGUACUGGACAAAAAGACAAAAGACACAGCAGCUAUGAGUUGUAGAACAACGCGACCAUCUUCAACCUGCACUUACAAAAUACUGAGCAGUUCUUAGACUGAUAGUGUAAUAUUAAACAAAUGACUCCUGGAAUGGCGUUAUGGAAGCAGAAAGCAGAAAAACUUUUAACCCAGAUCUCCCAAUUACAGGUUUUGUCCUGUGGACCAGACCUUGAAUGUUUUUUGUUCUUCCUACCUCAGUUCAGUUUCUCUCUACUACUUCACUUUUUACUUAAGUUUUGAGUUGAGAAAUAGAGAUUGAUUAUAGAGUCAUUCCUGUAAUCUCAGUUUCCUUGAACUCCGUGAUUCUGCAUGGUUCAGUACAGAGACCAGUGAUUUCUUGAUACUUCCUUUCCCUUUUUAUUCCAUGUGAGUCUGGUCACAGUAUGAACACUGAUCUCACUGCCUUGGCACAUUGUGGUUAUUUAAUAAAUUCCUUGAGCAGACAGUUGACUUCAUCAGCAGUUCCACCCUUUCCCCAUUUUUCUGCAUUACCUUCUUAAGCCACCAAUUUUUAGAUGGUUUCCAGAUGUCUUUACAGUGUUCCUGAAAGCUACAUGAUUUAUUCAUAUAUUUUAUUUGGCUUACUAGAAUAUGUUGUGGUGUUACAUUGCACAUAACUAUAUUGUACCAGGUUCUGAGAGAUGUCAGAUAUACACACUUACCUAAAGAGAAAUGUACACUUUAACACUGAGGUUUUUUAAAGGGUGAUAUUUAACCAGGUUUGUUGUGUUAAUAUUUCUGACCCAAUUCUUUGAACACAUAUCUGUGAUUGCUGCAGCCAUAAGUAAUGGCACACGUGGGGUUUUUCCCUCCUAUAUUACUGUGUCAGUGCCUCAGGGAAGGAUUUCUUUGUGUCUUGGGUUUGCAGUGCAUUGUGAUAUUUCCUUAGAUUAUUUUAUUUUUCAGUGCAAGCUUCAGGAAGGAAGCCAGAAGCAUGGCGAAUUGGCAUUUUUUUGGGCACUCUUUGUCUCACUGAGACCAUCCUUUUCACAAAUAUUUUUAGAAAAACCUUUAUUCCUCCACACUCACUCCUCAGAAUUGCUUCCACUUCUGGCACAAAACAAAUUCUUUCUGCUUGUUUUUGGUUGUAUUUACUUUCAUAUACACAACAGUUGGUAUUUAUGCUAUAUUUGGGGGCGGGGGGGGCAUGUGUUCAUAUAUGUGAACAGAGUACAAAAUAGGAGUGUAGGAGAGGUCAUAUGAAUGUAUAGUCCAUGGUUUUCCUAACGGAAGACAGUCUUGUCUAAAAUUACUUUUGGACCUCCCUGUUGAGAGAACUCAAAAGAUUGUUUUGAUUCAUUUGUUUAGUGUUCUAAUAAGGCUGUCCUAUACAUCAGAGCCUUGAAUAUUUUAUUUAAUUUCCACAUUUAUCAUAAGGGAUGACACUGAGAUACAUAUGACAAAGGUGUAGUGUUUGGGUGGCUUGGUUUUGUAUUACAGUCCUUGAGUACUAAUACCAGCAAGGGAAGGGGAAAAUGAGAGAUUCAGAUUCACUGUGACUUUGACUUCUGAUCAGUCUGCAUUUUAUAAUUUUGCACACAAGUGGAGUAGAAUGAAUUAGCAGGGACUUUUUAACAGCAGCUCUGUACUGAAAAUGGGUUGCUGACUCUGGUAGCUUGUAUUUUUGCAUUUGUGUCACAACUGGUCUGUUCUACUUCUGUACAUCUGUGUAGAGCACUGUUCUGCUGAUUUAGUUGAUUCCACAGUCAGCACUCUACUGCAGCCUGAAGGCACUUGUCCCAAAACAUCCAAGUAUCCCAAAGCACGUUGUGGAUAGUCAAAUACUGUCACAAGGAGCCUUUGUCAUGAUAAUACUCUGUAAUACAACAAACUGUUUACCAUUAGGAAAAUUAAAUGAAU